AACUACGGAAAUCAAGUGUUGUUCAAUUACUAUUGUGAGAAUGCACCUUGAGUGGUGGUCAGGUACACUGCAGCGUCUCGUCCCAUACAAACCACGAGAUAAGCCCAUCACAUCACACACAUUCAACCCUGGCGCAACACAGCCCAUUCGUUGGUGGGACUAAAUCAUGCACCGACCGUUUAUAGUAAAAGGGCCAAUCCUUCAGCCAGCCGAGUAUGCAUAUUAGCGCCAUGGAGGCUAGCCCAGGAAACGUUGUCGAGGCUUGCAGGUGGGGGCCAAUCUAUUCUAGCCUCGGGGAUUCCCCCGUCUGUCGCUGUUCAGCUUCAUCUCUGCUUUUCGUCCGACCCCUUGAGUUCCAUCGCAAAGUGUUUUAAGCGCUUUCAUUACCCCGGAUAAUUCCCUGCAGCCGUCAUCAUGGGGAGUUGUUUCCGGAUGAAAGAGGGGAAAAUCCUCAGAUGGAAUAACGACGUCCCCUGUGCCCCGACGAACGCCGCAUCCCCUUACGCGCCCUGCUGUCUAGUCGGUCACUACUGCCUCAGUAAUAAUAUCUGCAACGAUCCGUAUGGCUUGCCGGGUCUCAAAUUCUAUAAUGCCGAUUGCAGCGACCCGACAAUGCAAGAUCCAUCUUGCGUCACGCGAUGCGGCGGUCGCAAUACUUCCUUCCUCACGUACCUCGACGAAACCAGCGCGCGCUGGGCAUGCUGCACGCGUCAUCCAAACGGCGACCCCGACUGCGCUGCCGUCUCUGACGAUCAGUUCCCUGGCCCUCGGCCGGAAGACCUCACCACUAUCGCGUACAUCUCGAAAGACGGCUCGGCGUCGUACGCGCCUACCUCUUCUCCGACUGCAACGGGUGGCUCUCGUGCUAGCGCUACCGCAGCGAAGAGCACCUCGUCCUCGGGAAUUGGGGCCGGUGCAGCGGCGGGAAUUGGCGUCGGGGUCGGUCUGGCGGUUUUCAUAGUGGCAGCUACUGUGGCGUUUAUAUACUUCCGGAAGAAGUGGGGACCGAAGCCGGUAGAGGGGCAGCAUGGUAAGGGCGCAGGUCAUGACUCCGCGGGGCAAUGGGUUGGUGGGAAUCCCGCACUGAUCCAUGCAAAUGGCCAGUCGCGGAACGUCCUCGAGCUCGAUAAGACCGGGGACCGGCCGAGGGAGCUCGACGGACGGUACACUCGGGAGCUCGAGUAGCAUGGACACUAUGGGUAUGGACUGCGCUCGCGAAGGAUAUACGGCAAUCCAUAAUUGUGGGCCAUCGUCCUGUUCUGUCUUCGGUGUGGUCCGGGCGAUCGGGUUGCCGUGCAGCAUGGGAAAAUGCUGGAGACGUGGCAGUCUGGUGAUUUCGUCUCCGUGAGCCUGGGCUAUAUUGCAGGCGAUAUGGAUUCGUGGAUGGUGCUGGAUAUUUUGCCGGAUAUCGACGUCAAAUCUUGCCAAGCGGUAGCGACUGCUACUCCAGGUCCUCCCUAUGCGAGGUGGAUGUGGUGGGAAUUGCCAUAACCCAAAGAGAACCCCUCCAGAUGAAUGGUUGUAAG